AUGCCUCGUUUCUAUUCACUCCUUUCUUUUGCGGCUCUGCUUGCAUUCUCGCAGUCCAGGCCCAUCAACGACGCGCUCCUUGACGAAUACGACUACAUCAUUGUAGGCGGCGGUGCAAGCGGCCUCACUGUUGCCGACAGACUCACAGAAGACGCCGACGUGACCGUCUUGGUCCUCGAGGCUGGUCCCGCGGACCAGAACGAAGAAUGGAUUCGCGUACCCUUUUUCAUGGGCAACAGCCCUAACCCCCCGGCCGGAUCUCUUUCCUCACAUGUCCAGUACGACUGGAACCUUGGCACGGAGCCUCAGACAUAUCUCGAUGGCGCGACUAGGCACUAUCCUCUUGGCCGUGGCGUAGGUGGCGGCACCCUGAUCAACGGUAUGCUGUGGAACCGUGGUAAUGUCGGCGAUUAUGAUGAUUGGGAAACUCUUGGAAAUGAAGGUUGGGGCUGGGAAGGCAUGCUCCCGUAUUUCAAAAGGAGCGAGUCUUUCACUGCCGACUACUCCGCUGAGGAUGCCAACCUCUACCAGAUCCAAAGCAACCCUGACAUGCACGGUACGCAAGCUGGAGGCGUCAGUGUCAGUUAUCAACAGUACUACUACAACGGCACUGCAAGCUUCUAUGAUGGGUUGAACGAGCUUGGAAUUCCUACUGAGGGUGACCCAAGCGCCGGUACUACUGCUGGCGCGUCUUUCCUGCCAAUGACCAUUGACGCUACGACGAAGACCCGCUCUGAUGCCAGGACCGCUCACCACCAACCUCACAUUGGCCGCGACAACCUUUAUCUUUCGACGGGCCAGUUUGUCACUCUCCGAUGUGGACGUGGUCAAGGUCGUGAAGGCGCUUUGCCCAAUGUUCGCGUUCGCGGCGUCGAAUAUGCUACGGAUUCUUCUGCGCCGAGGCGCACAAUUACUGCUAGGCGGGACGUCAUUCUCGCAGCUGGCGCUGUGCACACCCCUAAGCUGCUUCAGCACUCUGGCAUCGGCGAUUCUGACCUGCUCUCCUCUUUCAACAUCACCACGACCAUCAACCUGCCUGGUGUUGGCAACAACUAUCAGGACCACUUCAUGAUCGCAACGAACAACGCCUAUCAGAGCACCACCUACGACCGCCCUUUGGGUUAUGGCAACACUACUCGCGACGAAGCCAACCGUGCUGAAUUCAACAACGAACACUCUGGCCCCUGGACUGCCGGUCCCCCCAACGGAGUGGCCUUCCCAUCAUUGAGCAACAUGGCUGGUGCCAAUUUCACCGCCAUCUUGAACGCAGCACAGAACCAGGGCUCCGGUCAAUACCUUCAGGCCGACCUCGAUGAGACUGUCGUUGCUGGAUAUGAACGCCAGAAGCAGCUCCUGGUUGACGCACUUGGCAACGCCAACCGCUCUCAGUUUGAGGUUCUGAACGACAACACCGGCCAUUUCACUUACAGUGUCAUGAAGCCUCUCGGUCGUGGACAAAUCCGCAUUCGCAGCGACGAUCCUUUCGACACUCCCAUCAUUGACCCUCGUUACGGCUCCAACCCUGUUGAUCUCUCCUACCUUGUGGAGGCCAUGCGCUUCAACUACCGUCUGAUGGGCACGGACGCCCUUCGUGAUCUUCAACCCUCUGAGAAAUACCCGACGGAGGAGACGAUGCACAACGACGACGCGUUGAUGCAACUCGUCAAGGAGGCCAUUUUCACCGAGUACCACCCUACCGGUACUACUAGCAUGCUGCCUCUGGAGCUCGGUGGUGUCGUUGACAGCAACUUGAAGGUUUACGGCACACAGAACCUUAAGAUUGUAGACUCGGGCGUUAUGCCACUAAUUCCUGCCGCUCAUUUGCAGGCCUGUGUGUACGGAGUUGCUGAGAAGGCGGCUGAUUUGAUCAAGGCCGCCAACCGGUCCUAGGACUUUAGAUUUUGUACGGUUGUAUAUGGGUUUGGG